CGUACCUAAUCCAUCUCUCCUCCCCCAUGACUAGAAAUCCUGUGGUUAAAAUAACACAGCCUCUAUUCAGAGCACAAACUUAGAGCUGCUAGCAGGAGCAGGCUUGGGAUUUAAACAACUCUCAGCAGAUGAGUCUGUUCAAGGGUCUUUUUCGGGUUUGUUUUUCAUCCUACUUCUGAUCCAUGAAAGGAAACCAGGCUCUUUCCUCUGGGCAAGCAAGUAAUGGGUCCAGCUGGAAAGAGCUUUCUGAUGGCACAGCUGUGAGUGAAACCAGCACAACAUGUUCAGUGUCGAGGACCUCCUGAUUUCUCAUGGAUACAAAUUGUCAAAAAAUCCCCCUGUUUCAUAUGAGAACAGGUAUGAUGGAUACCGACACGAAGUCACAGGGAAGAGAUCUGCUCAGAGGUCAGCACUGAACGGGUUUGAGGCAGAAUCCAGAGCUGGGGCCUACAGCAAGAAACCUCUGGUGAAAACCAACUCGAGCAGCACUGAAAGCAGCCAUGGGAGCCAAGGGAGGCAAGCAGGUCCUGGUUACCACCAUGACCUUCAGGGUUUGUCCACUUUUCAUACUUCAGAAGGGGGGGUUUGUGACAGGCCUCAUUUAGCACGAUCUUCCCAGCCCAAGGCUGAUAAAGAUCUUGCCUACUGGAGAAGACGAGGACAGGACUUCAGUGUACUACUAGGCUAUUCCCAGAAAGGCAGCGUGGAAAUGAAAAGCCUGGCUGCAGCCCCAGGGGCAGCCCGACACCCCAAGGAGAAUCAGCUGAAGGUAGGGACAGGCACAGGGCAUGUCAGAAGAAGCGGCUUUCAGGAGAGCUGUGAAGUGCCCAGCGACUGCAAAUGGCAAAAUCUGGGAAUGGAAAGCUGGAACCAGCCAAGAAAGGUAGGGAGGCAAAUGUCCGAGGGUGACAGGGAGAAGCUGCUCCAAGAGCUCUAUUCACUGACCCUGGGAGACAACGUACUCAGCACCCACAGCAAGGGGAAAUCACAGUCAUUGCCAAGGGUCCUUUCACCCGAGAGCAUGAGGUGCGUGGAAAUGCCCUCCCUGACCAACAGUAACAACUCACUCAGUGUAACUAAAACUCCCUCUUAUUCCCCAAACAGACUGAGUGUGGAACCAGCCAAGCACCAUGGAACGGGAGGCCAUUUCCUUCCCCUGGUGAAACCCAAGUAUGGGAGACCUCUCAAGCCUCCAUCCUACGAAAUGCAGCGGCAGACUAGGGCACCUGCAGAAACUGUGGGUUUCCAGGACCACUACCAGAAAGAUGAACCCACCUCCUACUUAGCCAAAGUUAAUGAGCCAAGGCAAGAUGUUUGCAUUCCAGACUCUGGUUUGGAGCCCCCAGUGUACGUACCUCCUCCUUCUUACAAAUCCCCACCUCACCAAACCGUGCCCCCACGUUCCCCCAGUGAAGUGCCUAAAACCAAAACGUGCGCCAGCAGCAAUCCACAGGGUGCUGCAGAGCGGGUCGUACCCUGCCAGCGACCAGCCAUGAAUACUUUUGAAGUGGUAGGUGACCCUUGCAAAGACAACCCUUUUCCUCAUGGGAAGCAAAGCCAUGCAAGGCGCCCUGCUGACCACCUGCGUUCUGUCCAGUACAUUCCCUUUGAUGAUCCUCGGAUACGACAUAUUAAAAUUGCACCGCUGGAAGGUCUGCAGGACAAUGCUAAAUACACAGAAAAUGCAUGUAGUCCCAGUUCUGGUGCUUUGCAAGAGAGAAAUCUUGAAGUACAGUACAACAGUGCCUUUGUGGAUACAUCAAACUUGUCCAGUUCUGCAAAGGGAGAAAGAACUUCCUACAGCUCCACCCAUAGCAACAGAUGGUUGGCACCAUCCAUCCGAGAUCAGGAAAAUUGUGCCUUGCCGGACCAAAGAGACAGUUGUAGUUCAGCUAAUCACAGCCCCCAUAACGAAGCCAGCACAGAGUACGCGAAAGGCAAACUUUCUGUAAGAAAUUCACAUAUGGACAGCACCUGUGAGACUGUUACAAAAGUGAAAAAGUUUGAACCUGGAACUGGGAUGCAGAGCAAAAAGAGUUCAAAGAAAAAAAUGAAUGAAACUAUAUUUUGUUUGGUCUCUAUCCCAAUUAAAUCAGAAUCCAAUCUGCCAGAUACAGAUAGGAACAACAACAUAACCCAGGGCCCUGAUAAGAAUGGGUUUGAUAACAAUGGGGCUUUGCAAGAACAAAGUCUCUUAAGUAUGUCUUCAACGGACUUGGAGUUACAAGCGCUUACAGGAAGCAUGACCAAUAAAAAUGAGUUACAAAAACAAGAGCUGUGGAGACCAGAGGAGUUCAAACAAAUGAAUGACCUCAGGUUUAUUCAGCCUACAAAACACAGAGAGCUCAAAUAUUCUGGCUCCUGGCCAGGUGAUCAGUACAAAGACCAGCAGACACAGACCAGUUUCAGUGAAGAACCUGAAAGCCCACAAUUUUUACAUGCUACAAAGCCUGGGCAGCUUGAUAGUAGCAAUCAGCUAUCUCCAAAACGCCUGGGAAGUACAGCAUCCAUGACAGGGGCAAAACAGACGGAGUCACCUUCUGAAGAGAGAGGCUGCAGGCAGAGCAGUUACAGUAUGAAGGGUCAGAUGUAUCUCAGCCAGUCUAGCAACAGUGCAUUUUCCAGGACUGCCACCACAGUCCUUCAGGCCCCCUCCCCAAAAGCCCACCACAGUCAGCCUGUGCCUGCCCAGGAGAGGGAAAAUGGCCUUCUUUCCAAGGGAGAUGUAGUUAAGGGAGAACCAGGUGCUCCCUGCAACAGUAAAGAGCUGUUUGGGCAGUUCCUGUUGAAACCUGUAAGUCGUCGUCCGUGGGAUGCAAUAAGUGAGCUAGAAAGUUUUAACAAGGAGCUGCAAGGGCAGGAGGAGAGCACAAGCAGUGAAGAAGACUUGGAAAGUGCUGCAGCUUCUCUGCAGGCAGGUGCCCUUAUGAAGAGGAGGACACCCAGAAAUGAGAAAUCAAACGAGGAGCCAAAACGUGGUGGGAAAUCAGAAAUGGUUAUGCCAGAGGUGCCUGUAUUUAGGUCAGGAAGAGUUAAAAGUAAGUCUGAAAGUUGGAGUAUGGGGACAGAGGAUGGUGUCGAGCCAGGCUGUCUUGGCUCUAAAAGCUCCUUGCAGCCAGGAGGGAGCAGUGAAGGAGUCAGGCCAGCAGAUGGAAGUCUGAUAACAGAAAUGGGGACAGGGGAAGCCAAGAGCAAAAUGAGCAAGCAGCCAGUUCAUGUGGGCCCUGUCAAGAGAGCUUUGUCCAGUAGCUCAAGCAGUUCAUGUCACAGUAAUCCUUUCAAUAACCCUGUCUUGCAGGAGAUGAGUGAAGACCAAAAUUAUCUAGACUUUGUUAAACUGAGCAAAGGUGCAACUCCCACAAAUGAUACGGUAUUAGAGAGAGGCUCAGUAGGAUAUUUGUCACUAACAAAGAGGAACCAAGGGUGCUCUGAGCCAGAUUUGAGGUCAGUGGGACUUGAUGUGGCUCCAGAACCUGGUGCUAGCAACUCUGGUCACUCUUCAAAUGCAAAUGCAGUGGAAAUCCCCGUGAAUGAGUCAUUGCAGGCAAGAGCUGCAAGAAUUUUAGGUAUAGAUAUAGCAGUGGAGUCUCUCCUUCCAGAUGACCACGUUGGGCCCCACCCAGGCACUAGCCCUGCAAACGGUGCUCAGGACUUUGAGUCAUCAUCAGUGGAGAGCACAGUAAGUGACAAAGAAGGAAAAAAGGAGGAUUCUUACGAAGGCAGACGAAAGUGUGGCUGGACAGAGAGUGCUCUCUUUGUCAGAGCCGGAGGACGAUCUUUACACCGUGAUGAAUGCCAGACCACUCACCAGGAAGCCAGUGCUAAAACACGGGUAACUGAGCAAGCUCUGGAACAACCUGUGAGUCCCAGCCAAGGUGAGGACCAAAACUUGGUUUGCAAGUCACCUGUGUAUCAGCAUUCAGAAAAGAGAGUGAGAAGCACCUCGAAGGUGAUAGAGACGCUUCAAGGCAAGCUCACCUCUCCUCCAAGUCGGACUGCCAUGGAUCGCUUAGUGCGGAUGAAAGAAGUUGACUCGGUGUCCCGUAUGAGACGUCUGAGCAUUAAGAGCGCAGACUCGGGAGAGGAGGUUGAUGAGGAGAAGCUGUCAAAGGUACAAGAGGAGAGAGGAAGCAAACUGGCAAGCUCAGGGGCUGUUUCCAAGCGUGUUAUCUCUCUCAGUGAAAAUGGAUGUUUAGGUGGAAUGGACAAGAAGAAGAUCAACAGAGAUUUUUCUUUAGAUACCUAUGACCCCACCAAAGUUGAAAAGGUGUGACAUUAAUGAAGAGGAGAAUAGAGAGAUUUCUGCUCUACCAAGAAUGUUUCACUGAUUUUUUUUCUGGGUGCUUUUUGUUUGGUUUUUGUUCUUUAAUGUUUGGAAAUUGUCUCCAUUUGUCAUGUUCAUGGUGUACUGACAAUGCCUUUACCACUGCCACUAGGAAUUAGCUAUUCAUAUCUGAAACCGUUGUGGAGACCACAGAAAAAUCUGACUUCAACAUUGGAACCAUCUGGCUUUGUAGCGUUUAAGACAAUACCUACCAUUGGCAAAGAGUUUUCAUCUGAACUGUAUUUCAGUCUUCAGCAGGGAUGGUGAAAUGUAUAAAGUGAGGUGUUACGUUGGUGUAAAUGUAAACGUGUGAGAUUAGGGAAAUGAUUUUUAAAAGAAUGUGAAUCUAUAAGCUAAACUUCUAAGUAUCUACAUUCUAAACUUUGUUUAACUUAAGGGAGUUAAACAUACUUAAGGCCAUAAGUAGAAAGUGCUGCUGCACUAUGUGGGGGAAGGAAUGUGAAAGAGUAGCGAAGACUGAUUGUGAAAUUAUUUCUGACUUCCAGAGUCUGAACUUACUUUGAUUAAAUACUUGCCACCUAGAGAGAAGAAAAGCAAAAACCCAAAAGCUUCUAAAAGAUGGAAGACUUUUGUAGUACAGUGUACAGAACAUGUAAUUAUAGUAGCUGGCAACUAGUGUUUCAAACCAAUGCAAAGUAUACCACUGGCUGUUUUGCACUCAGUAUUACCUAUUUUUGUUUUGCUGUUUAGAAAUUCUUUAUAUGAAAGAAUAGUAGCUGGUUUAAAAUAGCCCAUUUUAACAAAGUAACUAUAUUUCUUGUUACAGAAUACUAUCUAUUUUUCUACGAUGUAAACAAUUGCUAACAAGUGGCAAGUAUAAAGAAGUAUUAUUAUUAUUAUUAUUAUAAUUAUAUUUUAAGAAGACUUAGUCCUCUGAGUGAAGGUGCCCCAAGCAGAUUUCACUUGUAUAUCUUAAUGCACACACCAUAUUGCCACUUACUCAGUAGUGCUACUUUAUUUUGUUCUAAAAAAGCCAUCUAUGUAUGUAUGUAUGUACUACAGGGUUAAUUCUAUUUUUUUCCCCACUCAAUCCUUGGAUCGUUCUUCUUGGAGCCACUUUCUGAAACACAGCUGAGAACUGUCCAGACUGGUGUUGCUGACAUUCCGUUCAUGGGACAUUCAUUACCAAAAAAUGAGUUUGGAUCUUUGUCCCAGUGUCACUGAAUGGCUCAGAUAAAAUACCAGCUUUCUGUCUUAUACUUUGUUCCCUUUUGCAGAUUAUGAGUUUGGAUAUGGCCAGUGUACAAAAAUAAGCAAAACUGGGUUUAAUUCUUCCCUGAAGUCAACAGGGGUUGCUGGGGAGAAGUUCAGGUGUCUUCUUGAUGGCAUUUAAAUACAUGGCUUUAAAUAUAUUUUAUCUGCACACACAAAUGCAUGAAUGACAGAGUUUAUAAUAAAGCCUAUGCAUUCUGCCCUUUGAUCCUUAAUUAGCCUGCUUAGUAUGUGUCUUAAAAGCCUUUAUGUCCAUUCCUGUAUGGGUUUUUUUGUAAGUACCUGUGUACUAACAUUCUUCUGAUGACUUGUUCAUGUACUUCACCAGUCUAUUCUACUGACGUUUUCUGGUUUCUAGCAUAAUCUUAAUUUUUAAAGUCUUCUAAUUUCUUGAAAUAUUUUUUCCUAAGUCUGUAAUUUGGAAAGAAUGAUGGGGAAAAACACUCAUCCUGUGUUUUGGCAGCAAGAAUUUCUUGUCUGUAACACAUGAUGCUGUUACAUAUGGACUAUUUAAAGCUUGCUUGAAAAGAAAA